GCGGGCGCGGGCGCGGGUGGGGCGGCUGUGGCGUCCAGGGCCUGUGCUGGGGACGGCCGGCCGGCGCCUGGGACCCGGAGGGACUCUGGUGCCGGGACAGCAUGUGACACUGCCCAGGAGACGCAGGCGAGAUGCGAGGCUGUGAAGACAGCAGGAUUCAGCCCCGAUGGAGGCUGCGGAGCCGCGGAGUGGAGCACCGGCUCCCAUUCCUGCUGUAGCAGAAUUCAGUGUCAUCCCUGAAGCUCUCGUGAGAAGCAGCCAGCCCCCUGCCGUGGGGCCCAAAGCUCAAGAAGGCCAGGACCCAUCCUAUACGUGGGCAGAGGAAAGCAGACUCUGGGAGACCCAGCAGAGAGAUUUAAGAGAUAUGAAUGACUGUGCAACUGAGAGUAUGACCUCUUUCCCCAAGGAGGCCCCUUUGGAUCUGGAGACCAAGCAGGAAAACCUUAUGGCCGAGGCCUGGGACACCCCAGAGUGCCAGGAGGCAGUGCCCGUGAGCCUGGCAGACAGACAGGCAAGGACACCAGCUCCUCCAGAGCACUGGGCCUGCCCUGUCCAGGGUAAACAUCUGGACAUGGCCCCACUAUGCAGCGAACUGCGCAGCAGAAUGGAGGUGGAACUCGGACCAGAAUUCCCUUCUUUGACGUUGGGGACUGGACAAGCAGCAGAGAAAGAGGAAGCUUCUCCAGAUGCCUCUGCUCGGGCCAGAUGUUCAUCUUCCUGUGAAGAGCACCUUGUAGAGACCAACUCCCUGCAGGACUCUGAAAGUGGGACUGCCAGGCAGGGCGAGGAGCUGCAGGAAAGUCAAGGGAAAGAAAGGCUUUUGUGUCCCCAGGAGGCCAAGGGGCUGGAGGUGCAGGGACAAGAAGAGGGGGAAGUCCUGGGGGAGGCUGUGUGUUCUGAGGGGCUUCUAGGGGAGCAGGAACAGAUGGGGGAGCAGGUUAAUGGUACACAGGGAGGACAGAGGCAAAAACAGGGACAGAUGCAAGAUGAUAUGGUGCUUGCAAAACAAGGAGAAAGGGAGGAGCCUAAUGAGAAAUCAGGAGGUGUGAAUUGUGAUGAGUGGGAGGGGAGGACUCGGGGCCAGGAAGAUCUGGAAGUGGGUGAACAGAGGAAGAGGGAGUUGAAGGGGCCUGAGGAGAGUAGGAUGGGUGCUCAGUACCAGGAGUAUCAAAGCUUAGCCAGGAGGUCAGUGAACGCACCUGGAAGGCAAGAACAUCAAGAUCUGCCAGGGGCACUGAUGCCAGAGGAGGAGGAAGAGGAGGCAGAAGAUUGGGAUGGGGCCACACUGGGGGGAGUGGGAGGAGAGAGGAUUGCAGAGGAGAGGGAAGAGCAUGAUGGUCUUCCCCCACUAGCCCCCAAGGUUUAUUCUCCCUGUGACUUGUUCCCAGAUGCUUGUAAUGCCAGGAUUCCUGGUUCUCAGACAGAGUUUAGGGCUGAGGAGCUUUGUCCCAUAGCUCAGACUCCUACCCUGGAGCCAAUAGGAUGUUCCUGUCAGUCCAAUCCUUCACCUCGCUUCUCUCCUGCUGGGGGGCCACCUGCUCAAGAAAUAGCUCGGGACCCCCAGCCAGAGGGUUCCCAGUUGGGGACAGGGACAGCAUCCAGUGGGAGGCCCCACGUGGCCUCUGCUGGUGCACCUGAGACUUCUCCAAACUCACCAGAUUCAGCUCCCUCCCCAUUUGCUGAAGUCUCCCCCAGCAGAGCCGCCUUGCUGGCUGCCAGCCCCCCAAUUGCCAUCCCCAGGACAAAGGCCUCUCUGGCUGCAUAUUCUCCAGAAACCAUCAGAGCCUCUUUCUCCACCGACAUCCCAUCUGCCUGUGGGGCUUCUGAGACUCUCCUGACGGCCCUCCCCGGCUCCCCCUCUUCAGAGGCUACCGUGGACCCACAUGGAAGCUCCAAUGGGGCCAUUCCUCAGAGCCCCCUAGCUGACUUCGCAGGGGCCAUCCAGCACCUAUUGAGCAACUCUUUCCCGGGCUCUCACAGGACACAGCUGGCUCCGGACCUGGUGGGACGAUCACUUUCCUUCUCUCAUUCAGGGUUGCCUCAGAGACCUCCCAAAGCUGCCAUCCAUGGCUCUGUGAACCCAAGAAGGGACAGGAGAAGCAGUAGAGACUGCAGCGUUAUUCCAGAAUUCCCUAGUUCAUUGUCCACUCUGGGGCAUGACUCUGGAGACUUUACCUCUGAUCCACACAGGCCCAGCAGUCCCCACAGCAGCCAGCCAUGGGACUCCCCACAUAAUUCAGCUUUUACCCCAGGGUCUCCUAUAUAUGGCUCUUCACCUGUCUUCAUAGAUACCAGGCUGCAUGAACCUCCACCUCCUGCUCCUCCAAAGAAGAGGCACGUCCAUGCCUCCACGGGGGAGAGAGACGGCCAUCCCAGUGCAGCAGUCCCCACACUGAGGCACUGUAGCUACCCUCCAUUGGCCCUAAGUUCAGGGCUGUGUGGCCCCCCCAAAGUUCCACUUCCUGAAAUUCCUGACCCCCAUGUGGCAAGGCAGUACCGACCUCUGCCCUCUACCCCAGAUGAUUCCCACCAUAGUCGGACUUCUUCCUCCCCAAGGCUGAGAUACAACAAGCCAUUACCCCCAACUCCUGAUUUGUUUCAGCCCCACCAUUCUCCCGUUUCUCAUAAUAGUCCAAGGAUCUACAGGCCUCUACCCCCUGUCCCUGUCAUAAAUCCCCUCACCGAACCACCACCAUUACCCCCGAAGGCCAGAGGGAGGAACAAGAGCCUUCAGGGAGCACUCAUGAAUUCAGGGGGUCAAGCCAAGCCCAGGCCUGUUGGUCAAGAGUGGGCAGUCUCCAGUCCCCACUCUGGAGGACGUACUUCCUGGCCCCCAGCCAUGGGCAGAUCAACAGACUCUUUGGCUUCCACCAGUAGGAGAAAGAGUGAAGUAUCCCCUGACAUAGCUUUCAGCAACAUGACGAACCUUCCGAGUCCCUCUUCCCCAGCCACCCCCUGGACUAUGGGUCUCCAGGAACCCACCUCUGAACCAGGGCUCUCAGAAGAGUCAGAGGCCCCUGCCAAAGGAUCUUUAAGAAGAACAGACCCUCAGGAAGGAGCCAGUAGCCUGAGGAGGUCAGAUAUAGGUCGAACAAGGCAGCCUGAAAAACCCAGCCAUCCCCACCUGGAGAAGGCAUCCAGCUGGCCCCACAGGCGGGACUCAGGGAGACCACCACAGGGCAGUGGUGAACAGGCUGCCAUCUCUGGUGAGGGCUCCAGUAAGCACAAGGGCUGGCAUCGGCAAGGCCUGCGCAGACCUUCCAUCUUACCUGAGGGCUCUUCAGAUACAAGAGGCCAGGCCACGGAAAAGCCCCCUGGCCCUUCAGACUCCAUUAUUUUUCGGGAGAAAAAGCCAAAGGAGGUGAUGGGAGGCUUUUCAAGACGCUGCUCAAAGCUCAUCAACUCCUCCCAGCUGCUUUACCAGGAGUACAGCGAUGUGGUUCUGAACAAGGAGAUUCAGAGCCAGCAGCGGCUGGACAGCUUGGCAGAGGCCUCUGGGCCCGCCUCCCCCCGGCAGCCCCGAAAGGCCCUGGUGUCCUCAGAGUCUUACCUGCAGCGCCUCUCCAUGGCCUCCAGGAGCUCCCUCUGGCAGGAGAUCCCUGUGGUGCGCAAUAGCACUGUGCUGCUCUCCAUGACCCAUGAGGACCAAAAACUGCAAGAGGCCAAAUUUGAGCUGAUUGUGUCAGAGGCUUCCUACCUGCGCAGCCUGAACAUAGCUGUGGAUCACUUCCAGCAUUCACCCCAGCUCCGGGCCAUCCUUUCCAACCAAGACCAGCAGUGGCUCUUCUCUCGUCUACAGGACGUGCGUGAUGUCAGUGCCACGUUCCUUUCAGACUUGGAGGAGAACUUUGAGAACAACAUCUUCACCUUCCACGUGUGUGAUGUAGUCCUGAACCAUGCCUCCCACUUCCGCCGGGUCUACCUGCCAUAUGUCACCAACCAGACCUACCAGGAACGCACCUUCCAAACUCUGCUGAGCACCAACAGCAGCUUCCGCGAGGUCCUAGAGAGGCUGGAGAGCGACCCUGUCUGCCAGCGCCUGUCCCUCAAGUCCUUUCUGAUCCUGCCAUUCCAGCGCAUCACCCGUCUCAAACUGCUGCUCCAGAACAUUCUGAAGAGAACACAGCCUGGCUCCUCAGAGGAAGCAGAGGCCACGAAGGCGCACCAUGCUCUGGAGGAGCCUCCUCCCACCAUGAGGACACUGCAGGCACUCUCCAAAUUCCAUCUUGCUUUCACUCAGCCCAGGAAUGUUGACCCUGUCAUAGCAAGUACACCAAGAGUCCUGAAACGUUUCCUAGAUACCACCUUCAUGCAGGUCAAGCCUGGUGGAAAAGCUGUCACAAGUACUGAUUUCCAGAUUUCUUUCAGGGCCUCAAAGGUCAAACCUCUAACACAGUGCCCUUCCUCUUUCCUCACCCUGCUCUCCUGGCAGCUGAUCCGAGACUGCAAUAACAACGUCCAGAGAAUGCGCCGGACGGAGGAGCUCAUCUACCUGAGCCAGAAGAUUGAGUUUGAAUGCAAGAUAUUCCCGCUCAUUUCACAGUCACGCUGGCUGGUGAAGAGUGGCGAGCUGGCUGCCCUGGAGUCCAGUGUCUCUCCAGGGCUGCGAAGGAAACUGAACACACGUCCAGUCCACCUGCAUCUCUUCAAUGACUGUCUGUUGCUGUCUCGGCCCCGAGAGUCAGUGAUUGGAAUGGGAGGACAGAGCACAAGAGGAAAAUGGGAGAGGGGUGGCCGAUUCCUGGUGUUUGACCAUGCUCCCUUCUCCUCUAUUCGGGGAGAAAAGUGUGAAAUGAAGCUACAUGGACCUCACAAAAACCUCUUCCGACUCUUCCUGCUGCACAACACGCAGGGCACCCAGGCCGAGUUCCUCUUCAGCACGGAGACUCAAAGUGAAAAGCUUCGAUGGAUCUCUGCCUUGGCCAUGCCAAGAGAGGAGUUGGACCUUCUGGAGUGUUAUGAUUCCCCACAAGUGCAGUGCCUUCGAGCCUACAAACCUCGAGAGAAUGAUGAGUUGGCUUUGGAGAAAGCAGACGUGGUGAUGGUGACUCAACAAAGCAGUGAUGGCUGGCUGGAGGGCAUGAGACUCUCAGAUGGGGAGCGAGGCUGGUUUCCUGUGCAUCAGGUGGAGUUCAUUUCCAACCCAGAGGUUCGUGCACGGAACCUGAAGGAAGCCCAGCGAGUCAAGACGGCCAAACUACAGCUGGUAGAACAACAGACCUAGCUAUUCUCUGGAAGGACUCCCCUGAGCUUAAGGACAAGUUGUUCUUGGAGAGGGCUGGCCCUACAACCCUGCAACAGAGGCCUUCUGUGGACCAAGAACUAGACCUUCUGAGAGCCCAAGAACAAAAUCCAAUUACCAAUCGCUAGACCCCACCUCCCACCCCCCCACUCCCCGCCUCCUUUUUUGUGCUUUGUGCUUGGUUGGGGAUUUUGAGGGACUUUGCGCCGGACUCUGGAAACUUGUUCUCAUAGGAAGAGGAUCCAGUGGGGCCUACACCAAGGAACUAUCCUUCUUCUACCAUAUAGUACUUAAACAUUCUCUUCCAGAGUGCAGAGUCAGAGCUGGCCAGAGUGUCCAUCGUGGCUGUGGUAAACAGAAUCUGACCACAGUCCACUGAAGGGAGAUGUUUAAGAGGGAUUAACAUGUCAGCUGGGAGGGUCAACCUGGUGACCUCUAAGGUAUCCUCCAACUAUAACGAUUUUCCAUGAUUGUCGGUAUGAGGUAGUGCAUGCAACUCUGGGAUCUACUGGUGGCGAUGUGAGGGGGAUUCUCUCUCACUCUAAUAAACUUGGCACUACUCGAACAUUUUCUCUUCAGACUCUGGAGCACUGAGCGAGGUUCCAAACAUGGACCCCCAUGAGGCUUCCAGGCUACUUGACUUAGGUGUCAUGAAAGACCAAGAUGAUGCCUUGGCCAUGAUGUCUGUCAACUCUUGCUUUGUGACUCCAGAGAAUUUAGGCAUUUUCUCUGCUUAUUAUGCCUGAGAAGGAAUUGAUGGGUGAUGAAAACCUAUUCAUACUUACCUUUUUCCUGAACCUUAAGGUAUAGGCCAGUUGGGUGAAUUUGGAAAUCCUACUUAGGCCAUUAAUGAGUUUAUAUUUUUACUUGAAUUAUUGUGAAGUUAUCUUCCCAGUUGUUUCAUCCUGUUUGUGAAAAGCAAUACAAUGUAAUGGAAAGAGUCAUAGGACCCAAAGCAAGAGACCUUUGUUCCAGUUACCACACUGCCAUGAUCCAGCCUGUCCAUGUCUCAGUCUCCUUAAAUGUAAAAUACAAGUUUGGACUAAGUAACUCUAAAGUCCCAUUCAAUUCUACAGUC